AUGGCGGAGGCAAUACUUGCUGCUGUGACAAAGAUUGGGAUGAUUGGUGCAAGCAAAGCGGCCACCGCUGUCGGAGAUCAGUUGGCGAAGAGGGUUAAUGGACUAAUGGAACUGCCAGGAAAGAUCAAGAUGAUUGAUAAAGAGCUAAGGAUGUUGAAUGGCGUAAUUCAAGAUUUGGGCAGCUCACAUCUCAGCAACAAUGUUAUCAAGGAGUGGAUUACAGGCGUGAGGAAUCUGGCCUACCAUGUUGAAGAUGUAGUUGACAAGUACUUGUAUGAGGCUGUUAAGGUCAACGAAGAAGACUUCCUAAGUCGGUACGUGUUCAACAUGGAAGGUGCACGUAACGCUAUUGUUUUCAGUAAGAUUGUCGUUGAGGUAGCAGAGAUAGAAAACAAGCUCAAGCAAGUCAAAGAGAAUCAAGCUUACUGGACUAAUACAAUUGUGCCUGUAAACAAUGAUCGUGCAGAGAUUGAUAGGCAGCGGUCUGGAGGCGGCUUUCAAGGGCUUUUUUGUGAUGAGGAUCUAGUGGGAAUUGAUGAGAAUAGGAGUAAGUUGACUGAAUGGCUGAGCACCGAUGAGAAAGACAGCACGGUCAUAACAAUUUCUGGAAUGGGAGGCUUGGGGAAAACAACCCUUGUGAGAAAUGUGUAUGAUCGGGAGAAAGGCAACUUCCCUGGUGGUCAGGCUUGGAUUGUGGUGUCACAGAAAUAUGAUGUAGUUGAUCUGCUGACCAAACUGCUCUCCAAGAUAGGCCAGUCACAACCUGUUAGUGCCAAACCAGAUGUCGAUGACUUAACAGAUGCAAUACAGAAGACACUACAAUACAAAAAAUGUUUGAUCGUUCUUGAUGAUGUGUGGAAUGAAGAAGCAUAUAAUCAGAUGCGCAAUGCAUUCAAGGGUAGCCAAGGAAGCCGUGUUAUGAUCACAACCCGGAAGGAAAAGGUUGCAGCUAUUGCUCAUAACGGUCGUCGCAUGAUAGUCCAGCCACUGGGUAGCACCGAAUCAUACAAGCUCUUCUGCUCAAGGGCUUUCCACAACACCAGCCCUGACCCUGACCGCAAGUGCCCUCCGGAGCUUAGGUGCCCUCCAGAGCUUGAGACAGUGGCUGCUGCUAUUGCUGAUAGGUGUCAUGGCCUGCCAUUGGCCAUUGUAGCUUGUGGUAGCCUUUUGUCCAAGAAGGAACCAACAGAGCACGCCUGGGACCAGAUGUACAAUCAACUCAGGAGCAAACUGCAGGAAAACAACCAUGUGCAAGCUAUUCUUAUGCAGGAAAACAAGACGUGGCAGCUUAUUCCUCCUCGCCCUGGGGUCAACAUUAUCGACUCGAAGUGGGUGUUUAAGGUAAAGAAAAAUUCGGAUGGAUCUCUUGAGCGCUAUAAAGCAAGGCUUGUGGCGAAAGGAUUUCGACAGCGUUAUGGUGAGGAUUAUGAGGAUACUUUUAGUCCAGUUGUUAAACCAACUACUAUUCAUCUUCUUCUAGCUCUUGCGGUAUCUCGCGGCUGGCAUUUACAUCAACUAGAUAUACAAAAUGCCUUUUUGAAUGGUGUCCUAGAAGAAGAAGUAUUCAUGCGGCAACCCCCCAGUUUUGAGGAUCCUUUGCGUCCAUCUCAUUUGUGUCAUCUCAAGAAGGCCAUCUAUGGACUCAAACAGGCUCCAAGAGCAUGGCAUGCUCGUCUUAGCUCUGUUCUUGGUUCUCUUGGUUUUCGAGCUUCUACUGCGGAUACUUCUCUGUUUAUUCUCUCCAAGCCAGAUCUCACCAUGUUUCUGCUUGUAUAUGUUGAUGAUAUCAUAGUCGUCAGCUCCUCUCCUUCUGCCACGACUCGAUUGGUAGCCUAG